AUGGCAAAUCAAGGAUGGCUCUUAAGAGGGCUAAUUUUUAUCAUAUGGGGUGCAGCUCUCAACCAUGGCAUGCCACCACAAAACCCAGUCCGGUGUAACCAAACCAGCUGCGUUCUUUACAACGCCUAUGGCAUAUGGGGAGAUCGAAAAGACUGCAAGGCUCCAACCGUCGUUUAUCCAACGACAGAAGAACAACUCCGGCUCGCAGUAGCCAAUGCAAACAAGAACAAUCAAAAGGUCAAAGUUGUCACAAAAUCUUCCCAUACUAUCCCAAAAUUGGUAUGCCCAACAGAAAAUGCUGUCCUGAUUAGUACUGAGAGGUACAACUCGACAAUUGACGUCAACAUGGACAAUUUGUCGGUCACGGCCGAUGCUGGAGUCGGUCUCCGGGAUGUGAUUGAUAGGGUGGAGAAUGCAGGGUUGAGUCUCGUGGCAUCACCGUAUUGGGAAGGUGUUAGUGUUGCUGGGCUGAUAUCCACUGGUUCACACGGCAGCUCGUGGUGGGGGAAGGGAGGAGCAGUUCAUGAUCAUGUAAUUGGGCUUAAAUUGAUCGUUCCUGCAAAUCAAUCAGAAGGAUAUGCAAAAGUUGUCAAUUUGCAGGCACAUAAUCCAAUUUUUAAUGCUGCAAAAGUCUCUUUGGGAAUGCUUGGAGUCAUUUCUAAGGUGACAUUUUCCUUGGAACGAGGAUUCAAACGCAGCAUUACAUUCAACUUCACAAAUGAUGAUGGGAUUGGGAAUGAAUUCAUGGAACAUGCCAGGAAAUAUGAGUUUGGUGACAUCCAAUGGUACCCAUCAAGACACAGAGCAGUGUACAGAUACGACAAUAGGGUUCCCUUAAACACAUCGGGUGAUGGGGUUUUUGACUUUCUAGGAUUCCAAUCCAAUGCUAUCCUUGUGUCCAAAGCAACGCGAGCAUCUGAAAAAGCAUUCGAUAAUGCAAGAAAUAACGACGGAAAAUGCACAUUGGCAUCUUCAUUUGUGGGGUACAAAAAACUGAUUGCCAAUGGAUUGAAGAACAACUUGAUCUUCACUGGAUAUCCAGUUAUUGGACAUCAAGGAAAAAUUCAAACAUCAGGUUCUUGUUUAUACACACCAGAAGUAAGAAAAGACGUUUCAUGUGCAUGGGAUCCAAGAAUUAAUGGCCUAUUCUUUUACGAGUCAACAGCAAUAUUUCCAGCAACAAAAUUUGCAGAUUUUAUAUCAGACGUCAAAAAACUAAGGGACAUGAAACCUAAAAACUUCUGCGGGGUCGACAUUUACAAUGGUAUCCUCUUUCGCUUCAUCAAGGCUUCUGACGCAUAUUUAGGACAAUCCGAGGAUUCGGUAGUCAUCGAUUUUAACUACUACCGAGCCGAUGAUGCCUCGACUCCUAGAUUAAACCAAGAUGUAUGGGAAGAAGUGGAGCAAAUGGCAUUCUUCAAACAUGGGGCUAAGCCACAUUGGGCUAAGAAUAGGAAUUUGGCUUUUCUUAAUGUGCAGAAAAAGUAUCCAAAUUUUAACAAGUUUCUUGCAAUAAAGAAGGAAUUGGACCCAAAAAAUAUGUUUUCGAGUGAAUGGUCUGAUGAAAUAUUCUUUGGGAAAGAAGGUGUUAAGGGAGAUGGUUGUGCCCUAGAAGGACUAUGUAUUUGUUCAGAAGACAGGCAUUGUAGUCCUGGUAAGGGGUAUUUUUGUCAACAAGGUCUCGUUUACAAGGAAGCUCGUGUCUGCAGAUACUCGUCGUCUUCCAUCAGCUGA